UGUCGCAGCAUAAACUGCUUGUUCACUUUACACUUCUUGGCUCCUGGGCUUGCAGGACGUGUCUGGCUUCAGCUUCAAGAAACACAGAGGUUUCAAAAAAUGGCUAGCACUUUCUCACGUCUCCUGGCAGGUCGAAAAACCACUGUUCUCUUUGCAACUGUUAGCACUGGAGCCUUGACAACUGGAUACCUGUUGAAUCAGCAGAAUGUGAAAGCUGGAUCCUCUGGAAGAAACAGAUUAUUUCCUCCAAGUGCAGACUAUCCCGAUCUUCGUAAACACAACAACUGCAUGGCUGAGUGCCUCACUCCGGCAAUCUAUGCCAAACUGAGGGACAAAAUGACUCCCAGUGGUUAUACCUUGGAUCAGUGCAUCCAAACAGGCGUUGACAAUCCUGGCCACCCUUUCAUUAAAACUGUGGGCAUGGUCGCUGGGGAUGAGGAGUCUUACGAGGUAUUUGCAGCGAUUUUUGAUCCUGUUAUCAAAGUGAGACAUAAUGGCUAUGAUCCAAAAGCAAUGAAGCAUCACACUGAUCUGGAUUCUUCCAAGAUUACCCAAGGACAAUUUGAUGAGAAGUACGUCUUAUCAUCUCGCGUCCGCACCGGCCGCAGCAUCCGCGGGCUGAGCCUGCCUCCUGCCUGUUCCAGGGCAGAGAGGAGGGAAGUCGAAAAUGUGGUUGUUACCGCUCUGGCAGGACUGAAAGGAGAUCUGGCUGGGAAGUAUUACAGUUUGACCAAUAUGUCUGAGAAAGAGCAGCAACAGCUUAUUGAUGACCACUUCCUGUUUGAUAAGCCAGUCUCCCCUUUGCUAACGUGUGCCGGGAUGGCCCGAGACUGGCCAGAUGCCCGAGGAAUUUGGCACAAUAAUGACAAAACAUUUCUCAUUUGGAUCAAUGAAGAGGACCACACAAGGGUGAUUUCCAUGGAAAAAGGAGGCAACAUGAAAAGAGUCUUUGAAAGAUUUUGCCGCGGCUUGUUAGAGGUCGAAAGGCUAAUUAAAGAACGAGGAUGGGAGUUUAUGUGGAAUGAACGUUUAGGAUAUGUCUUGACCUGUCCUUCCAAUCUGGGAACGGGAUUACGUGCAGGAGUUCAUGUUAAACUUCCCAAGCUUAGCAAGGAUCCUAGAUUUGCAAAGAUCCUGGAAAACCUGAGGCUUCAGAAGCGUGGCACAGGUGGCGUGGACACAGCUGCUGUAGCAGAUAUAUAUGAUAUCUCCAACCUAGAUCGCAUGGGCCGAUCAGAGGUGGAACUUGUUCAGUUAGUCAUUGAUGGUGUGAAUUAUAUGGUUGACUGCGAGAAGAAGCUGGAGAAAGGUCAAGAUAUCAAGAUACCUCCACCAUUGCCCCAAUUUGGAAAGAAGUGAAGCAGUGAUUAUUAACUAACUUGGAACGUGUCUGCUAUGACAGACUUUUUACUCUGUAUAUUCCUAUGAAAUAAAUAACUUAUUAAUGAAAAAA